AUGCUUCUCCACUUGGCCCUAAUAUACCUCUGGGCCUGCUGCACAGCGCUAGAUUUGGGUCAGACGAAACACAUCUACCGUAAAGGUGAAAGUGUUGAUCUUCUUCUAAACAAGAUCGAGAGCGACCACACCCAAUUACCGUAUAGGUACCAUGAUUUGCCAUUUGUAUGUCACGAUAAGAGCAAAAAAGCCAAGGCACCUUCGUUGGGAGAGGUGUUGAAGGGCGACCGGUUCUGGGAGUCCAACUAUCAGCUUCGAUUUGGCGAGGAUGUGCCCUGUGCCCGUCUCUGUGACAUGUCUGCCACUACAAACGCUAUGUCGUGGGCUGAUUCGCUUAUCAGAAAGGGAUAUGUUGUUCACUGGGUGCUUGACGGGUUGCCAGGUGCAACUACCUUUCAGAGUACUAGCUCCAACUCGAAGUAUUAUGCCUCCGGCUUCCCUCUUGGUUUUGUUCAGAAUGGCGUCUCUUACUACUAUAACCAUGUUGUGCUCGUGGUGAGGUACCAUACCGAGUCAAAUGGACAAUAUUCGAUCGUGGGCUUCGAGGUUUACCCGAAGAGUGUCAGCGAUGAGACAUGUCCUGGAUCCUCGAAGGACUAUAAGAAUUUCGCUAUUAAUCUCAAGGAUGAGGCUGGAAAGCCUAAGGAGGGAAGAACAAUCAUUCCAUACACCUAUGCUGUCUACUGGAGAGAAGAUAUAUCCGUAUCUCAUGAAAACAGAUGGGACUUGUAUUAUGAGAACGACAACUCAACCACUUCCAGAAAUAUCCAUUGGAUUUCUUUGGUGAAUUCAAUUGUACUUGUGUGUCUUGUCUCGCUUAUUGUGGCAAUUGUCUUGGUUCGGUUCCUCAAGACCGAUCUCAAGAAUGGUCCAGUGAUCCCAACCACUGACCUCAAGGUUGAUCUGGAUCAAAAUCUGUGGAAAGGCUUGUCAGACCUGGCUGUUCAAGGACCCAUUGCUGCUCUCUUACUUACCAGCUUGUGUGCUGCUGGUGUGCAAACGCUAGUAGCCAUGAUUGGAGUGGUGGUGAUUUUUGUUUUGAACUCCAAGCUUAGUUUGAGCCUGGGUGCUACUUCCAACGCAUUCUUUGAGAAUCACCAAAGUUCUGUCUUUUCAUUUUCGAUCUUUUUCAUUUUGGCUUCUGGAUAUGCCUCUUCAUACACGGGUGUUAUAUUGCACAAACUCUUGGGCAAUUACCACCCCAAUACCACCUUUUCGUUCGCUACUGUUUGCAAACUAGGAGCUCUCUUUGCCGGGCUUCUUCCAUUUACUGCUUUGGCUGCUUCGCUCAUCAUUAACUUCUUCGUGUGGGCCAAGGAAUCCUCGAACGCUUUGCCGUUCGGAACAAUUGUGUCACUCAUUUUGAUGUUCGCUCUCAUUCAAAUCCCAUUGGGAGUUGCCGGUGGAUUUCACGGCAAUAAAUUCAAGUUCCUGAACAAAUCCUGUUUCAUUAACUCGUAUGUUCCACCAGAAAAAGGAGACAAGAAGCAGAGCUCCAAGAAGCAACAAUUCCUUGGGCCAGUCAUUAACACUUUGGCCUUUGGCCUCAUUCCUUUCGGUAUUGUCUACGUUGAUCUUUUGUUCAUUUUCAACUCCGUUUGGCUCGAGAAGACUACAUUCUAUUAUAUGUACGGCUUCUUGCUACUCACCACAGUUCUAUUACUUAUCGUUGUGGCAGAGCUGUCCAUAGUGGCCACCUACAUUACAUUGACUGUAUUCAAAAACCCCAAUUGGCAAUGGCUUUGCUUCCAACUGGGCUCUAGCAUUGGGUGGUAUAUUUACGGAUACACCACUUACUACUUCAUAAGGUACUUGCAAAUGAGUGAUAUCGUGAGCGUCCUUAUUUAUUUUGCCUACAUGGCAUUAGUGUCAGCUGCCAUUGGUAUCGCUGGCGGAGCUGUGGGAGUUAUCACGGCCACUAUAUUUAUCAGGAAGAUCUAUGGAGCAAUCAAAAUGGAUUGA